CUCUUGUCUGGUGGAGACAGAAAGAACGAAGCUGCUCUCUCGGGCUGGAGUUGUAGUUCUGAACAGUUCUGCCGCUGUACUGGACCGAGGUGAGGAAAAGUACCGCGAGCGAACCGGAAAACGCAGCGGUUACACACCGACCACGGAAGAGGAGUGUGUCCACAACAAGGAGCAUUUCUCCCAUUUUUGUGACAGCUGAGAAACGAGAUGAGUGAAGCUGCUGUGGACACGAGCACGCUCUGCCUCUUUGAUGUCGAUGGCACGCUCACGGCCGCGAGACAGUGUGUGACUCCAGACAUGGCACAGUUCCUGGACAAGUUGAGGACUCGAGUUCGAGUCGGAGUUGUCGGAGGUUCAGACCUCAGUAAGAUCAAGGAGCAGCUGGGAGAUGACGUGAUCCAGAAAGUGGACUACGUGUUUGCUGAGAACGGACUGGUGGCCUAUAAGAACGGACAGCUGCACUCGGUUCAGUCCAUCCAGGCCCACAUGGGAGAAGAGCUGCUGCAGGAUUUCAUCAACUUCUGUCUCAACUACAUGGCCAAGAUCAAACUCCCCAAGAAGAGGGGGACGUUUGUGGAGUUUCGUAACGGCAUGUUGAACAUCUCACCUAUUGGACGCAGCUGCACACAAGAAGAAAGGAAGGAGUUCUACGAGCUGGAUCAGAGAGAAAAAAUCAGAGAAAAGUUUGUUUCUGUGCUGAAGGAGGAAUUCAGAGGGAAAGGAUUGUCUUUUUCAAUAGGAGGCCAGAUCAGCUUCGACGUCUUCCCCAACGGCUGGGACAAGAGGUACUGUCUGGCCAUCGUAGAGAAGGACCACUACUCCACCAUCCACUUCUUUGGAGACAAAACCAAACCUGGAGGAAACGACUACGAGAUCUACAGCGACCCGCGGACCGUCGGCCAUGAGGUGACGUGUCCUGAGGACACCCAGCGGCUCUGCCAGCAGCUCUUCUUCUCCUGAAGCUGCUUUUCUGGGACUGAUGGGAGGCGUCUGCUCUGGAGGAGCGCAGAGCGUCAUGAUGAAGGAGAGCGAAGAGCUGCAGGAGAACGUCUCAUUCAUGUGGGUUUUUGUGUUUCUGAUUGUUGGGAUCUGUUCAUGUUCUGAAAUGUCUCUGUCCGUCCUGCUGAGUUCAUCUGUCUUUAAAUGACUCGGACGGCGGCUCACAUCUUCCUCUGCUUGAGCGAUGGAGACUUUUUCAUCUUUUUCUCCUCUGACCGGUCGCUAUCCGGUCUGACCAACCAGGGACCAUGAAUCCACGCCACACGUGACAUGAGG